AUGAAAAUGAUGCCAACUGGAAACUUUAGUGAAUUAAUUGGGCCAAUAUUUGGAAAAACUUUUUCUAUCGACAAGGAUAUUCGUGGAAAUCACUGUAAAUGUUCCUGUGCCUGUAAUAAUUUGGAAAAAGGAUUAAAUAAAAUUGAAGAACGACAAAAUAUAGAGGAGAAUGUGCCGUUUUCAACUGAUAAAGAGACUAAAACAAGCAAAAAAUCAGCUACAUUAAGAGAUAAUAGUGAACCAAGCAGCUUCAGAAGUGAGAAGACUAAUGAGCUUGCUUCGACAACAGUAACGAUAACUAAAAUUACCAAUGAGUUUAAUGAUAAUGGAACCGAAUUAAGCAAGGAUAAUGUUAAAAAUAAGCAAAAAAGUAUGGGAAUUACUAUAGAAAGCAAUACUGAAGCAAGUGAAACAACCAAGGGAAAUGUUGAAGCAACGGAAACAAGAACUGAAGAAAGUAAAGGAUUAACUGAAGCAAAUGAAACAGGCAAAGAAACUGCUAAUGAAAGAUUAGUAUCAAAAAUUGAAGCAACUAAUGAAGCAAAAGAAACUACUAAAACUGAUACGGUACUGUUGAAAGCAAGUUCUGAAGCAAGCAGUGAAGUAAGAGAAGCUAUAGAAACUAGCACAGAAAUAUUAAAAUCAAGUUCUGAAGCAAGUUUAGAACCUAUAGAAACUACAAGAACGGAUACAAGUGAAGCAACUAUUGAAGUAAUCGAAUCAAGCAGAAAUACUGAGACCAGUACAAUUGAAGCAAUCACAAAUGAACUUGAAGCAAUUACUAGAGUGAUUGAGACUAGUACUAGAACAAGUGAAGCAAACAAUGAAUUAAUCGAAACAAGCAUAAGUUCAACUGAAGCAAGCAAAGAAAUGAAUAAAUCAUUUAAGCAAGUUACGGAAGCAAGCAAAGAAUUAGAUGAAUCAUUGAAGCAAGUGACUGAAACAAGCACUGAAAAAAUUAAAGGAAGCAAAAUAAUAGUUGAAGCAAUUACAGAAAAGGCCGAAACAACAAAUAAAGCUAUAGAAACAAUUAAGAAUACUAGUGGACCAGCUAAUGAAGCGAAUAACCCUAGUAGUGAAUCAGUCGAAAUGACCAAAAGAACCCCUGAAGUAUUGGAAUUAAAUGCUACAACUGUUGAAACAAGUAUUGAAGCGGUUCAAACAAAUAAAGAAUCGGUUGAAGCUGAUGCCACAAAAGUUGAAGCACAAACUGAAGCAGCUCAAACGAGCAUAGGAACAGCUGAACGAACUAAUGAGAUAACUAAAACAAGAAAUGAAAUACUUGAAGCAAGUACUGAAGCAGCUAAGACAAGCAGUUUGCCAAGUGAAGCAAGAACUAAAAUAUCUGAAACAACUAAAGAACAAGUUGAAGAACUUAAUAAGGAAGAAGAAAAAUUGAGAUUUGAGCAGCAAGUUCCAAAAUCUAUGACCACACCAUUAGCUACAAAUUUAGUUUCAAACUCAGAAGAAGCUGAAACUGAAGCAAAUAACGAAAAGCCGUUUAACAGUGAAAAUAAGUUUGAGAAUAAUGAGGAACUAAAGAACCAAAACAAUGAAGCAACACAAACAACGGAUGAUCAUCAAGAACCGAUAAAAAAUGGCAACGAUAAUCUUUUCGGCCAGACUUUUCCACCUGAAUUUAAAGCAAAAGUUGCCAAUCUGCUUAAUAGACUUAAGGAACAAUUAAUGCAAUUAAGACAAAUUGAAGCUGAAACAUCGGAAAUGGGGGAAAAUGAAGGGAGAGAUGAAGAUGGUGAGAAAAAAUCGAGCAAAUUUGAUAGAAAAACAGAAGAAUUGCUUUAUCAGGUAGAUCAACAAGUAUCGAGUAUUAUUAAAGAAAAUAGGGGUGAACCACUGAAGAGUAAUCUGAAAUAUAAAGAUCAACUAGAGACAAUCAGUCCAUUAGUUGAGGAUACUGAAGCUUCUAGUUCAGCUUUAUAUUCAGUUACUCCCUCAACAUCUUCUUCCUCGUUGCCUCCUUCAUCCUCCUCUUCCUUACUACCUUCCACUGCUUCAUCAUUAUUUUCAUCAUCCCCUCAAUCACAGCUAACUUCAAACUCAUUCUCUUCAUCAUUAAAUACAUCACCAUCUUCAACGUCAUCUCAUACUCCAACACCGCCCUCCUCUUCAACGUCAUUUCCUUCAACUCCUACUACUUCACCCAAAACCUCCCAACAUCCUUUUACUCUUCCAUCAUUACUUUCAUUAUUCCAAUCAUCACAAUUAGCUUCAGAUUCGUCCUCAAAUAUCCUAAAUACUCCUAUAUCAUCUUCAACAUCUUUAUCAUCAUCUACAUCAUCUUCCUUGCCUGUUUCCGCUUCACCUAGACCUACUUUAUCAACAACAUCAGCUUUCAAGCCUUCUUUCAAUUCCUCGACAAUUUCUCUUUCCAACCCCUCUUCCAACUCUUUAACAUCUCAACAUGCAUCUUCAUUUUCUACAACAUUGCCUCCUUCAACAUCCACAUUAUCAGCUUCCUCAGUGUCUCUUUCAACAAAUCCUACUUCAUCACCAUUCUCUCCCUCAUCUUCAAGCUAUACAGUAUCAUCCAUAACAUCCUUCCCUCCUCAAAUAACAUCUACAAACUCUUCAAUAAACUCAUCCAGUUCUUCAUUGAAAAACAUUAUAAACCAACCCCACUCAUUAAAAGAGCAAAAAACCAAUUCUACAGAAUCCAUAACUCCUGCUUUUAAAGCUAGAUUAGCAAAUUUGUUAAAUCGGCUUAAAGAACAAUUAUUCAGAUUUCGGGAAUUUCAGCAACGCCAACAAUUAUUGCUUGGGUUACCGAAUAAUAAUGUAACCGAAGCAAAAAGCCAAUUUUACGGAGCUUCAACUGAAAGGAGUAUAAUUAAUAUUGAAAAUGCUACAGAAACUGCUUCAAUAAUACAGACUAAAACUGAAGCAAAUGAAGAGGAUUCUUUUGCGUUUGUUACUGAAUCAUCUAUUAUAGAUGAAGCUACAGUAUCCUCUCUCUCUCCUUCCACAAUUGAGUGGGAUGAAUCUCCCUCCUACUCUUCCUCCCAACCAACAACGGUUAAAACAACAACUGAAGCAACAACUGAAACACCACCUGAAGCAACAAAAGCAACAGCUUCAACUCCUCUAAAACCACCAAAUAAAACAAACAAAAAUAAAUUAGAUGAUAAUAAUUAUCGUCUUUUAUUCCCUCUUUCCAACAAUGAUUUUUCUAUGGACUCCAAACCUGUUCAAAAAUUGAAUGAUAAAGAGGAAAAAAUAAAUCUGGACAGGGAAAAGUUGGAAGAUUCACAGAUUAAAAGGAUUAUACUACUCGAAGCACCAAAAAAUAAUUUUUGGACUAGAAGCACAGCCACGGGUACUCCAUCAAUUAAUUUAACCACUACAAGUACUACUCCAACUACUACAUUACAAAAUAUAACUGAAACUGAAGCAGCAACAACAACAACUCUUAUAAUAAAUACAACCACAGCCUCAGAAGAGGAAAAUAGUAGUAAUGAAGCUCAAGAGACGACAAUGAAUGUUGCUCCGUAUGCUUCAAGUUUAGUUGAGAGACUUGCACUGGCUCGCCGUUUGCGCGAAGAGCAAGUAAAGUUGGAAAUGAUGGAAGCUGUAAGGCAAGAACAAUUGGGAAUAAAUGAACCUGAUCCUCAACUGACUGAGAGAAAAAAGGAGAUAGAGAAUCGACUUUUACAGUUGGCGCAUGCCGAACGGUUUCAUCGAGCAAUGCUGGAACGGCAAAAGAUUGAGCAACAAUUGGAAAAGCAAAAGUCGAAUGAGAGAAGGUACCCAACUACAUCAGAAAAAUCAUUAGAAACAACAACUCAAACACAAGCACCUUCUAAUAAUGAAAACAAUUUAAAUAUUUGCGAACGUGUAGUACGAUUUAUUCGACUUUUUAAAAUUUCAAGACCUCGCCUUUGGAUCGAAACAAAUUGUAAAUUUGCCAAAAAACAUUUCCCUAAUGCUAGUUGUGAGAGAAUUGGGGGACUUUUAAAUGAGUGUUUGAUGGAAGAAAGGAAGAGGAUAAAUAAGGAAGAGGACGGAAGAAGAGAAAAUGAAGGAAGAAAAGAAAAUGAAGGAAGAAGGGAAGAUGAGGAAAGAAGAGAGGAUGAGGAAGAAAGUGAUGAUAAGAAAAGAUAAAAAAUAUUUUAAAAUUUUUUAAUAGCUUCCAAGAAGGGUUAUAAAUUUUUAAUAAUUUUUUAUAAAUUAUA